AUGCAUGACCAUCGCCUUGUUAGUGUUGAUUGUCAGCGCGAAGUUGGCGCAGCCGGCGGCGAAAAGAUCCGGGCUCUGACGGAUGUCCACUUUUGUCGCGAUGUUGAGCGCCCAGUCGUCCGCGAAAAGCAGGUAGUGGACGGUAGUGGUGGGUAGACCAGCUAUUGACACGAUAGCUGUCAGUUCUGUAGAAGAUGCGUCCAUCUUGAAGAAGGUGACACGAUCGCUGGAGAAAAGUUUUAUUAGCCUGACGCUUCGGAUUCCUGCUCGCACCCAUCGUCAGAGACCAAAGCAGAUACGGCGUUUCAAGUUCCUGACCGCUGAGUCAGACACCACGGUCUCUUCGUCAGCACAAUUCCUGGAGAAACUCAAAGUGGUAAGCAUCCAUCCAAAUGAGGUCAUGGUAUCUUUUGAUGUUACAUCCCUUUUUACUUCCAUUCCCCAGGACCUGGCGAUCGAGACAAUCGAGUUGCUUCUACAUAGCAAAUACGAUGAAACGCCGAAUCGUCUUGGACACGCCCAAGUCCUUCAGCUCCUGAAUUUCUGUCUCAGGACGUUCUUCACGCUCGACGAGAUAAUCUACGAGCAGGUGAAGAGCACACCAAUGGGUUCACCGAUUUCGGCAUUCAUCGCCGAGGCGGUCUUGAAACGGUUAGAGUCGCUGGUCUUCCAACACCACAGGCAGAAGUUCUGGGCCCGGUAUGUGGAUGAUACCUUCGUCGUCAUCGAACGGGAUCAGGUGCUGACAUUCAAAAGACAUCUGAAUGCGGUCCUCCCAGGCAUACAAUUUACGAUGGAGGAGGAAGAGAACAACCAGCUGGCCUUCCUGGAUGGCCUUGUAUGCCGCAAAGAUUGUGGUGGAAAAAAAGAUCAAAGUGUUUAG